AAACAUUCUCCCAGUCACGACCGGUUUCUGAUCUUAAGGGAGUUGCUGCUAUAACCUUCCCAUGCGCUCUCCAAAGGAAUUUGGAACAGAGGUGCCCCUGUUUUAUGUCAGGAGGAGGACAUAGCUAGCAGUUGCCAACUUACCUACUUGCCCCUUGCAUAGUGGAGAUUCCCAAGAGAUGAAGCGAGCAGGGGAAAGGAAAAAUGUUUUUGGCCCGCUCGCGAUUGCUUGAGCCUUUUGGUUAGCGUCUAUUGCCUUGCGUUGCGUGUAGGGCUCAUCUGCUUCUGUCCCCCAAAUUUUGUUUAUGUUUGUGUUGUGCGCGCUGAGCGCUCCGCCUCUCGACAGAAACAAGGGCGAGGUCAGGAAGCAAGUGUGGUGGUGGAGGUGUUCAGCGAGUCAGCGUUUGUAUCUGAAACCCGGAAUUUGAUACUGAGCAUUGUGUGUCCGCAUAAUGAAUUCAGACCAGGAGGCUGCCCUUGAUCUGUCCAGUAUGAGCGUCUUGGCGAACAAAUCUUGGGAGACAAUAGCGGCAGAACAAACCUUGAAAGAGAUGACAAAGUAUCAGCAUAUGUGCAAAGCAUUGGAGAGUGACCAGUUGUCAUUGGAGGCAGGCAGAAAGGACAGUGAGGAGUACGCUUUCAGACUUGAAAGAGAAACUGAGCUUCUAUGUCACAGACUCCAGGAGCUUGAAGAAGACACCCAGUCCCAGAAAGUAGCUUUCCAGAAAGCACUUGAGUUGAGCAUGGAGGAAAACCGCCAAUUGUUGCAAGAGAAACAAGUUCUGGAAAAGGAACUGGAGCAGCUGGAAAGGCUCCAAAUUAUCCAGGAAGAGCUCCACAAGGUGCCAGCCAACUUACCUGAGCGGGUUAUGGUGUUUAAAGGCCAUGUGGAAGAGAAGGGGGAGGCAUUGCCUGAUAUGUUGACAGUUCAGCCACAGAUUUGGUACCCUGUGCCUGGAGGAUCAGCUCUCAUCACUUUUGAGAGCCCUGAGGUUGCCAGCCGGAUCAUCACAAUGGGACAGCAUCAAGUUCAAGUGGAUGAAUGCAGCUAUGUGCAUGUGGAGGCGGAGCCAAUGGCAUUGCUCUUGCCCUCAUCCUUGGAGAUCUCCCUGGAGCACAGUCCCCGCCAGGUCCUGCUGUCUGGGUUGUUUGCCCACUCUGUGCUUGAGGAGCAGCUACUUGACAAGCUGCAGAUCUUUUUCAGCAAACGGCAGAACAUGGGCGGUGAGGUGGAGCAUGUGGAGUGGCUGAAUGGUUCUGGCCACGUGGUGCUGACGUUUGUGGAGGAUGGAGUGGCUGAGCGGCUUAUUCAAAGAGGUCAGUUUCAAGUGCCCAUUGGAAAAGAGACUCAUAAGGUGAAGCUGUCACGCCACUUAGGUGGGGAAAUUGCAGAGCUGCAGUUCCGUUCUUCAGUAUGUGCUCAGACUGUCCUGCUGUCAGGGAUUCCAGACGUCCUGGAUGAAGAGUUGAUGCGUGAAGCCCUGGAGAUUCAUUUCCAAAAGCCCAGCAAGGGUGGGGGAGAAGUGGAAGUCAUUGCAUAUGUCCCAGUUGGACAGUGUGCAGUCGCUGUCUUUGAGGAGGAGGGAGGGUGGAAGGAGGGAGAGGAAGCCUGAGUGUAGCUCUGUUUUCCUGAGGCCAAGAAAGUUUCUUAAUCAAUUUCAGUGCAAGUGGUUGCUAAACUCCACCAAGAAAAAAACACUGAGAAGGAGAAACUUUUGAAUUACGUAUCACUGCAAGGAGAGGGAAACUGAUGAGCAAAGACCACUUAAGUAUAAACAUGGAACGGGUAUCAUUGUGAGCCUAAUCCAGUGGGUAUGAACAGCCCAAGAGGAACGGUGGGGUCUGUGUUCUUGUUGCUCAGGAAAGAAAGAGAGGCUCCCUGCCACAAUGGCACCUCUUUUCUCUGAUGUGUGAACUCUUGCCUUUAUUAUGUGAUGCUUUGAUUUGUGGAUUUUCCUGCUAUGUUGCCCUUUUUGUCUUGGCAUUAGGAUGACCCCAGUUCCCUAAUGUUUGCAUUUCACCCAGAAGGGAGGGAGGAAUCUCAGAAAAACAGAAUAAAAAGAAUGGCAGAAUCACA